AUGGAUGAACUGGUGCAUGACUUGGCCUCAGCCUUAGAGCAGACUUCAGAGCAAAACAAGCUGGAUGAGCUAUGGGAAGAGAUGGCCCUGAGCCCGCGGCAGCAGCGGCGUCAGCUUCGCAAGAGACGGGGUCGUAAACGACGCUCAGACUUCACGCAUCAGGCAGAGCAUACCUGCUGCUACAGCGAGGCCUCAGAGUCGAGCUUGGACGAAGCUGUCAAGGAUUGCCGUGAGGUGCUGACAGCCAACUUCAGUGACUCCGAUGACAUGGCAGUGGUCAAACGACACCCAACUCUCAGUGCCACGCUGAGGAGCAAGCAACACUCAUGGCAUGAGUCAGACUCCUUUACAGAGAAUGCACCCUGUCGACCUCUCAGACGCCGACGGAAAGUCAAACGUGUGACGUCGGAGGUGGCUGCCAGUCUCCAGCAAAAGCUCAGGGUGUCGGAGUGGAGCUAUGAGAGGGGCUGCAGGUUCAAGUCGGCCAAGAAACAACGUCUUUCACGCUGGAAAGAAAAUGCCCCUUGGACAUCGUCCAGUCAUGGCCUUUGUGAAUCAGGAGAGAACAGGCCCUUCCUCAGCAAAGGGGGAAGGAAGGAGCGAAUGGAGUGUGAAGCUGAUGAACAGAAACAGGGCUCAGAUGAAAACAUGUCCGAAUGUGAAACCAGCAGUGUCUGCAGCAGCAGUGACACUGGCCUGUUUACCAAUGAUGAGGGCCGCCAAGGAGAUGAUGAGCAAAGUGAUUGGUUUUAUGAAGGAGAAUGUGUUCCAGGAUUCACUGUGCCCAACCUUCUUCCCAAGUGGGGAGCUGACCACCGAUCUGAAGUGGAGCGGAUUGACUCAAGCCUAGACAAGCUAUCAGAUUCCACCUUCCUUUUGCCCUCGCGGCCAGCUCAGAGAGGUUUUCAUGCUCGCCUGAAUCGCCUUCCAGGAGCUGCAGCCCGUUGUCUCCGAAAAGGUCGGAGGAGGCUUGUUGGCAAGGAGACCUCCAUGAGCACUCUGGGCACCGAGAGGCUAGGUCAUAUUGUUAGUGAUCCACGCCAGAAAGAUUUUUGGUUACCGUCCAUGGGGAAGAGAGAUCGCAACCAGUUCAAUCCAUUAUCUCCUCUGUACUCUCUGGAUGUGUUUGCUGAUGCUUCCCACCGAAGAUGCUCGCCAGCACACUGCACUGCCAGGUAA